AAAGAGAAGGAAGGUUUUUUUUCAUUAGGGUAGUAAUCAAAACUUUCCAUCUCUCUCUCUCUCGAAACUACCAGCGCCAAAACUCACAGAAUCCCCUCGUUUGUCCAAUCGGAAGGUUCUUCUUCGUCUCUUUCUUUCUCCGGCGGCCACCGCACGCCGGAAUCCUAGGCUUGUAUUUGCGUUCGGUGUCGAUUUUAUCUAAUCACGGUGUCGUACUAAACAUCAAGAUCUCGAAUUGGAACUAGGGCAUAAUUGGGGAUUUUGUUCCGUCUUCAAACUACAGGCCUUAUACCUCUCAGUAGUUUUCUUUUCUCAAGUGUUUGAUCCUUAAGCCUCAAGAUGCCAGCCACAGCCGGAAGAGUUCGCAUGCCUGCGAACAAUAGGGUACACAGUAGUGCUGCCCUACAGACACAUGGUAUAUGGCAAAGUGCAAUUGGAUAUGACCCAUAUGCACCAAACAAGGAUGAUAACAAGAAUUCUGCACAACAAAACACAACUAGCACUGAGCCAGAUGCAGAGAAUGCAUAUGCUAGCUUUCAGGGUCUUCUUGCACUUGCUCGCAUAACUGGUUCUAAUGCCAAUGAGGUUCGUGGUGCUUGCAAGAGAUGUGGACGUGUUGGGCACCUUAGUUUUCAGUGCAGGAAUUUCUUGAGUGUGAAGAAUGAGAAGGAGAAAGACCCAGAAGCUAUUCAGGCUGAUGUUAUGUCAGAACUAGAUAAAUUAAAAGGAGGUAAAGGAAAUGGGAAAGGUGUAGUUGAGAGUGAGGAGAGUGAGGAGGAAGAGAGUGAAAGUUCUGAUUCAGAUGCUGACUCAGAAAUUGAGAGGAUUAUUGCUGAAAGGGAAGGGAAAAGAAAUAGUAAGAAAAGGUCAUUGAAAAGAAAGGAUGAUUCAGUUGAUGAUAGAUCGGGAUCAGAUUCAAGAGAGAAGAAGAGGGGGAGGUCAAAAAGGAGGAGCAGAAGAGAUCCUAAUGAUUCAGAUGACAGCAGAAGGAAGAGGAGAAAGGAGAAGCACAGGAAGAGAGACGAUUCAUCAGAUGAGGAUGAAAAACAUAGGCGACAUCAUAGGAAGAGUAGAAAAGAGAAAAGAAGGAGAAGAAGCCAUAGAUAUUCUGAUGACUCAGAUUCUGAUACAUCUGAGGAAACCCAUGGAAGGCGCAAACACAAGAGUAGGAAGGCUGCAUCGUUAACUGAUUCUGAAGCUAGCAGCUCUGAUGACACAAGGGGCAGGGCAAGGAAGCGUUCUGAAAAGAGAAGCAGGAAACAUCGCUAUGAGGAUGAAUAGACCAAGCAUAAUGAUGGGAGAUAAGAUGGAUAUCAUGAUCCUUUCUGGUAGCCGUGGAUUUACCAAUAAUAAACUCAGCCAUGGUUGGCUCUAGACACAACCACGGCUGAAAUUUAUUGUGGUAUUGCAUUCAUUUAUAAGGUCCAGAAUUUUCUUGUGCCUUUCUCAUUGUGUAUAUCAUGUUAUUUCAAAUCAAAAUGUGAAAAGAAUUAUGAAACACUGAAUAGUUUGUUCGGGAGGCUGAAGGGAACACAAUUUCUUUCCAAACAAGCAUGCUGUAUGUUGACAUUUUCUAAGUUCUGAAUGGGAUUUGGAAUGUAUAAUUUUAUUGCAUCCAAUUGCUAUCUAUCUGAUCCCACGAUAA